AUGGAAGCAUUUCGUAGAAUUCAAAAUAUAAGUAAUAAUAAAGGUAUACCAGAAUUUAAUGAAGAUGCAGGAGCAGAUAUUGGUGAAUUAACAAGUGGUGCAAAUUUGUCAUUUGAUGAUAUAACUCAUAUAAGAAAUAAAGGAAUUUAUAAUUCUAGUUCAAAUUUAGAUACUGCUCCAAUAAUACCUACUUUAGGAAGUUUAGGAAGUGCUUCAUCUUUCAAUAAUGUAGAUCCAUUAAAAUUAAAUAAUGUUCAAUAUAGAAAACAAAUGAAUCAACAAAAAAAAUUGGCCAUGUUAACAGGAGCAAGAGCAAAUUCUUUAGCAGCAAAUGGUGGUAAUAAUCCAAUGUUUCAAGGUGGAAAUAAUAACUUAAGAGCAAAUUCAUUAGCUACUGGAGUUGGAAAUCCAAUGCUUUAUAAUAGUAGUAAUAAUAGUGCUAGUAGUAUGAAUAAUCCAAGAGCUAAUUCUUUAGCAACAAAUAUGGGUAAUCCAAUGAUGCAACAAUCACUACCACCACAACAAUAUAUGCCAAAUCAACAACAAUAUCAAUUUUCACAACAAGACAUGGGAUUGGAACCAAGGACACAGUCAAUGGUUGGAAACAAUGCAAGAAAUAAUAUGCAAAUGCAAGGUGGAUAUCCUAGGACACAAUCAUUAAAUCCUCAGGCCCCGGUUAAUAUGAAUUAUAAUCAACAACAACAAAAUCCGCAAUUUCAACAUAGACAACAACCCCCCUUGAAUCCAAAUCAAACCAAUUACAAUCAAAAUCAAAUGCAAAAUGGAGCUCCAAGAACAAUGUCUUUGAUGGGAUCAGGUCAAGGAAUGAUACCGGGUAAUCAAGCAUAUCCAAGAACUAAAUCCCUUGGUGGAGUUGCUACUAUGAAUCAAUUUCAACAACAACGUCAACAAGCAGUCCAACCUCAAAAUCAAAAUUAUCCUCAAAACCCUCAAUUUACUCAAAGACAGCAACCUCUUUAUAAUCAAGGUAAUCCUCAAAACUCGAACCAUCAAAUGCUACAUCAAAAUCAAUCAUAUUUUCCUAAUCAACAAUAUCCGUCAAGUCAAACAAAUCAACAACAAUUUCAACAACCACAGCAAUCCCGACAAAUGCAUCCUCAACGACAGAGUUUACCUCCUCUUCAAGAACAACAGAAUAUGCAACUUUAUCCAAACAAUCAGUCAUCACAAAAUGAUUCAAGACAAUUUGUUGCUCCACCACAACCUCAAUAUACUACGCUACAGGAAAAUUCUUCUGACUCAUUAAAUGAUGUUAUGGAGGAAGAGGAACCACAACAACUAUCAGAAUCGAACGAAGAAGAAGAUGUAAUUUAUAAAUUUGAUGAAGAUGAUAACAAAGGAAUACAAAUUUCCAGAAAAUCAACUUUAAAGAAAAACAAUUCAAUGAGGGUGAGAAAAUUGAAUUUAUUUAAUGAUAGUUCAAAUGAAAAUGAUUCUGAUGAUAAAAGUUCAACUACAUUAAGGAGAAAAAGACCUCCAGUAAGUCCGUAUGAAGCAAAUUUUAAUAAUUCAUAUAAAUCCGAAACAAAUGCUCCAAAUCUUGCAUCAUUUGAGGAAGAAGAAAAAGAUCAAACUAGUAAUCACCCAGAUGAAAGCACCGAAGAUGAUGCAACAAUUCAAGAAAAUGAUAGUGUGAAAACAUAUGAGAAAGAUCAAUCACAACCGCACACAAUAUAUAAACAACCAAGUAGAAACAUACUGGAAAGUCAUUCAUUUAAAAAUCUUGUUGCAAACACUGCUUUUAAUAAUUUUAGAUCACCUUCAAUUUCAAGUAAUUCAAAUUUUGCAAAUUCUCAAUUAAUGAAAACUGAUUCUCCAACUUCUUUUUAUGAAGCAAGCCAAUCUCCAAUGCCUACACCAAUAGAUAAUAAUUCUGACACUGAUGAAAGUGAAUUUAGGAGACAAGAUCAUCCAUUUUAUACAGAUGAAAAUAAUGAAAAUAAUGGUAAUUUAACUCCACCAACCGCUUCAACUUCAAAUAUAUCUCAACACAAGGAGUCAGGUAUAAAUGGUAGUAACAAGGUUAUCAAUUCAAGUCCAAAUCAUAAAUUUGAAACUGAUGAACAUGGAAAUGAUACUACAUGCAGUAUUCCUGUAGAUAUUACCGAGCCGAUUCAAGAUGUUAGUGAAGAACAGAGAGAAGCUGACAGAAGUAGAGGUGAGUUCAAUCCUAUGCCGUCUAGUCAUGAUAAUAUUCCUUCAAAUCCAUCAAGAACCCCAACUACAACAUCCUUAACAAGUGGUGAAAGAAUUCAACCAAAUUCUAUCAGUCGUAAUUCAACUAGUGGUUCAAAUACAUCAAAACCAGGAUUACCAAAAGUUUUAUCAUCUGCAUCAAUAUCUAGUCAACAACUGACUAAAAAGGAGAAAAGAUCAUCUUUUUCAGGUAAAAAUUUCUUAAAAAGGUUAUCAAAAUCUAAAAGAUCAAGUAUUAGUAAUGUAGAAGAAGAUAUACCAAUUUCAUCUGCUGCAUCUAGUAGAAGAGCUUCAUUAAACCAAAGAAUUCCAUCAUCAAGUACUAUUGGAUCUAUUGGAAAUGAUAAUAAAUUUCAAACCAAACAACAACCACAACAACCACAACCUAUUACAUUCACUAAGGAACAAAUGCAUAUUAUGAAUUGUAAUAAUGAAUUAUUAAAUGAGUUAGAAUUAAUCACAAGAGAAUUAGCAUCAUCCAUAAAAAGAGAAUUAGCAUUAGAAAAUAAAUUAAAACAACAAGAUGAUAAUCUGAGAAAUAAUAGAUCAUCACCAAUAAGUUCAGAAACAAUUGAAUUUGAAAAUUUAGAAAAAACUAAAAAAAUUGUUGAAUUACAAGAAAAAUUAAAUAAAGAAAAAAGACUUAGAUUUAUAAGUGAACAACAUGCAUUAUUACAAGAAAAUGGUAUUACACCAAGUCCAUUAAAAUUAAAUUAUGAAAAAACUGAAAUUUAUAAUCAACUUGUUUUAAAAAAUGAUGAAGUAAAUCAAUUAAAUUUGAAAAUAAGAGAAUUAGAAUCUUCAGUUGAAUCAAAAAAUCAAGAAUUUAAUACAAAUCAAGCACCACCAAAUCAUAAUCAACACCAUCAACAACAACAACAAAAUGAUUUUAAUUCAUUAGAUAAUAAUUUAAUUGAAAAAUUUCAAUUUUUAAAAUUUGAUAAUGAAGAAUUAAAAUCACAAACAAUUCAAUUAAAUGAAGAAAUUUUAGUAUUAAAACAACAAAGAGAUGAAUUAAGAGAUGUUAUAAAUAAAUUAUCAAAUCAAAAUUUUCAAGAAAUUAAAAUUUUAAAUGAUAAAAUUAAAAAUUUAGAAAUUAAAAAUCAAAAUUUGAAAAAUUUAAAUAUUCAAUUAUCUAAUAGAGGAGAACUAGUAAAUUCUUCAUUUAAUUCACAAUAUGAAAAUGAUAGUGGAGAUAAUUCUUUUUCAAAUGGAUCAUCACUGAUGAAUCAUGGUAAUGUUAGUGGUACUGGUCAUGGAUCAAAUAUGUUCAAAUUAGGUAUGAGUGGUGGUAAAUUAAAUGGAUUUACUAUUGUUUCACCAAAUAAAAAAUUCAAUGCAUAA